AUGACUAAGAGACCACCUUGGAAACGUUUGUUGUGGUUGAAACAGGAAUAUCCAGACAACUAUACGGAUCCGAGCUUUAUCAACUUAAGGGCAAAACAAAAGGUUGAAAGCACUAAGAAGUCUGAUAGAAAAUUAUCUGAAGCAGCUCGCUCUCAAAUUAGAUUGGAUUUUAUAAGUUUUUACCAAACUGUAUUGAACACCUCUUUCAUUUACAUUACUUUUACGUAUAUUUACUAUUAUGGUCAUGAUUCUAUUCCGCCAACGAUUUUCCUUUCGUUAAUAACAUUGAUUAUAUCAAGGAAGAAAGUUGAUCCUUUAUUAUCCUCGUUCAUGAAUGUUAAAUCCUCGUUGAUCAUCACAUUUGCAAUGUUGACACUCUCCCCAGUUCUCAAAUCACUUUCUAAGACAACCGCAUCUGAUUCCAUAUGGACGCUGUCCUUCUGGUUAACGUUGUGGUACGUGUUCGUUAUUUCAUCAACAAGAACGAAGCAGAAACCUUCAAAUCUUUCCACUAAUAUACUUGUUGCCCUGGUUGCCGUAUUAUCAUCAAGAUUGUCAACUACGAUCGAUGUGUUUUGUUUCCUUUUGAUUUGUAUUCAAUUGAAUAUCAUCCUACCUAGCUAUCUAUCGGCGACAAGUAAAGUGGUACCAAUGAUCUCGAAUGUCAUUGUCUACUCUUUUCUAAACGUUACACUGGGUUGGAUCUACAUGCUUUUGAUUUUCCUUGUUUCUGUAUUUUACAUCAUUGUUUUACCCAAGUGGUUCAUUUACUGGAAAAUCAACUAUCAUAAACGAGAUAACGAUUUACUAAGUACAUGGGAUGCAAGAACUCCAAUAUUAGAUUAA